GAUUUAUUUUAAAAAAAAUGUGUGGUCAUGACAACCGUGUGAAACCGAAACGAUCGAAAAAAUAUAAUUUCAAACUAUUCAUUACAUGCCGAAGUAUCUCGUGAUAAUAGUAUUGAAGAAAUGAUUGUGUUUAACUUAUGGUCAGUGUUACAAUGGUAUCUACGACCAUUUAUUAAAUGGUUUCUUAGAAAAACGACGAAGCUGUGUGAACUGCAGAGGAUUUGUUACGGUGACAAACCGGGUGCAGAAAGAACCCGUAAUGUGGAGAAAUCACUGAUGCAAUCUCGUACCAGAGAUGUGAAGGAAGUCGUUGCAUACUUAGACGGUGUGGUGUACGAGAAAAGAUUCAUACCUCGCUAUUUUCGUGAUAUUUUGGACCCCUCGAUUGGUAUCAUUCUGAGAGUAAAGAAAAUAAACCCAAAGCUUCAUGGUACGUUUGUGGUAUCAUUUCGACGAUGCUUGGAGCAAAUAUGGAGCUAUAGAAGUUUAGUAGAUCAAGUGGAACAGCUGAGACAGACUCAGUUUGAUAGCACUAAUGAUGAUCAUGAGGAUAAGUUGCUGCAGUUGUGGUCUUUGUUAGUGCCUGACACUCCUCUUGAAGCAAGAGUGACUAAACAGUGGCAGCAUAUAGGUUUCCAGGGUGAUGAUCCAAAAACAGACUUUCGUGGUAUGGGCCUCCUUGGUCUAGAGAACCUGUUAUAUUUUGCCACAGAGUAUCCACAAGUUUCCAGUCAUGUACUUAGCCAUUCCCUACAUCCAAGAUAUGGCUAUACAUAUGCUAUAGUUGGUAUAAAUAUCACUUCAAUGGCUUAUUAUUUACUGAAAGAUGGUUCUGCAAAGACUUAUAUGUUCAAUGCAAAACAAUAUUUGCCUAAUGUAAACUUAUUUCACAAAUUCUAUUGCUAUUUAUUCUACGAGUUUGAUAAAAUGUGGAUAGAAUCGAAACCAGCAAAUAUCAUGGAGUUCUCAGACAUUUUUAAGAAAUUUGAGAAUGCAGUGCGCAUUGAACUGGCAGACCCUGCUUCGGUGUUUAGGAUAAAUGUCGAAGUAGAUAAUGUAUAAUUUGUUCUGAUAGUAUUGUGUUAAAAAUACUAAGUUAAUUUAAUAAUUAGGUGUCAAUUAACUUAAAAUAAUGGUUUUCUCACAUAUUAUAUACAAAUAACUGAGAAUACUCUUCCUAAAGAACAGUCCGGCUGUGUCUCGAAACUAGUUAAAAGAGCUUUCCGCAGUAUUUAUGUGAGUAAACCAUUAUUUUUAGUUAAUUUAGUAUGUCUCACGAUAGUUACUAUAAAAUAAUCUAGAGAGAUGACACAAACAUUUUCGAGCUCAGUACAUAAGACUGAGUUAUAGUAAAAUGUGUGAUACUUAAUCGCCUUAUAGCCUUAUUUGCUUCAUAUUUUCUGAUGAUCAUUCACUUAUACUGAUGAUGAUUUCACGUAAGAAAUGUUUUCCCUGAUGAAUACACAUAACAGAAAUCAGCAUAGUAUUCUACUGUUUUAAAAGAGAUAAGAGAAAAAUAUUUUUUCUUUUUAAUGAAUGCUUGAUAGAUUUGUGGACCAUUAAUUAAGUCUAACAUAAUUAUUUAUAUUAAUAUUAUGUACAUACUUUCUGAUCUCUCCGUUCACUAACACCUCGAAACCAAUUAGUUUUAAUUAGUUAAAAUAGUGCAAUAUUUAGCAAAUUUUAUGUAUGUUUGAAGUACAUUAAGUACGGUUAGCUAUUUAUAUAAUGCGAAAAUUAUAUUAGAAAAGUUUAAAUACUUGAUGUUUAAGGUGAGCGUACACUGUGCCGAACGAGUUGAACUAAACGAAUUUGAAAAUAUAUGAAAUGUCAUAAAACCUCGCACACUUCCCUGCGUCAAAUCGUUAAGAACCCCCGAAAUUCUAGACAAAUUCGAAUGACUUCAUCAGAUUCGGCGCUAUUUAUGCGGUCUACUCGACUCAUGCGCUCGCAUUUUAUCAGUUGCGUUUGACGAGCGAGUGAGUUAUGUUUAAAAGAGUAGUAGAAAGAGUGCGACAGGCGUAAAGGAAAUAGAAACGAUUUUCUCCAUGCGGUCGAUUCUAGAUAUGCAAGGCCUCCAUGACUUCGAUUCGUUCGACGCGUUCAACUCGGAUAAGUGUGCGUUCACCUUUAAUUACAAUGGAUUUUUUAUUUACUACUUAUUUUCACCAAAAUGCAAUUAAUAUUUGUUGAAUUUUAGGUCAGCCUAUUUACAUCCUGAUGGUGCUGGCACCAGAAUAGAUUUUAAAUAAUAUUUGCACAAGGAAUUGAUAUUUUCAGUUGUAAGUACAUACAUACGUACUUGUACUUAACACACAUACACACACAGUACUUUAAUUAAAUGACUAUAAAGUUUCAUUUUAUUAAAUAUCUAUGUAUAUCCCAGUAAUAGCAAUAGGCUCACCCCCUAUUACAUGGGACUUAUAACACAAAUGAUUAAAGUGGGUGUACAUUGUAUAUCGGUAUUACGUGCCGUAAUGUGCACCUCUAUCAACCCCUUCGGGGAUAAAAGGCGUAACGUUGCAUCGUAAAUCAAAUAUAUUUUUCAAAAUGAGUGGAUGUAUGUGUACUUACUGUUACAUAACACACAGUAGUUUCCUAUUUUGAUAUUUAAUCUUUCCAUAUACAAGGUAUAUAAAGCUAAUGUAACUACAUACAUUGCUUAUGUCCAUGUUACAGAGUUGUUCACUCGUUUAAAUAUGUUGUAUGUUUAUCCAAGUGCACAUAAGCUGUAAGUAAGACACAUCUAUAGGUAGUUGUAUAUUUCACUAUCUUCCUAUUGUUAUUCGAAACUAGAAUACUCUGGUAAGAAGUAAUAUUGUUUUAAUAUUCAAUGUUUUACUGCCACACUCAGAGACAUUUAAUGAUUACUUAAACUAAAUUCCUUAGUAACGAUUUUGUUCUGAAAACAAUUACUAAGGAGUGGGAUAUAGUAACCAGUAAAUGAUUCUGAGUGCGGAGGUUAAUGUAUUUUUUAUUAGACACACAACUGUUUUUUAGCCAAUAAUGUUUAUGUAAAAGAGAGUUUAAACAUCACAAUUAGAUAUAUUAUUUAUGCAAAACUCCAUGUUAUUGAAUGUAUUGAAUUAGUUUAUCAAUGUUCACUUUAUGCAAGAUUGAUACUGCUAUAUGUAGGGCAAGGAUGUUGAAUUAUUUAUAUCAUGUUUAUUAUAGAUCUUAUUGCAAUAAUUUAACUAUAGGUACAGAUAUGAGUGUUGUUUGUGGCUUUUGCUAUUUAUUUAUUUAUUUAUUAAGGAAAUGCACGGGAAAUAAAAAUAACUAAUGAACUCAA